CGCCCUGCUCCUCCGAAGCGCCGCGCCGCCGCCGGUGUAGCCCGCCCGCUUCCCCGGCCGUCCGCAGUGCCCGGCCGCCGGUGUAUGCCGCGCCUGCCCGGGACGGGCUGAAGCCGGCGGCGGGCCGCACCGCAGGCGCCAAGCAGGGCCAGGGCGGCCAGGGCAGCCUCCUGCCGCCGAGCCCCGAGCGCCGCCGACUGCGGACGCGCUUUCGGCCGGGAGCCGCGGCCGUCACCAGCAGUGUUCAUGUUUGGGAUUCAGGAGAAUAUUCCGCGCGGGGGGACGACCAUGAAGGAAGAGCCGCUGGGCAGCGGCAUGAACCCGGUGCGCUCGUGGAUGCACACGGCGGGCGUGGUGGACGCCAACACGGCCGCCCAGAGCGGCGUGGGGCUGGCGCGGGCGCACUUCGAGAAGCAGCCGCCUUCCAACCUCCGGAAAUCCAAUUUCUUCCACUUCGUGCUUGCGCUCUACGACAGGCAGGGGCAGCCGGUGGAGAUCGAAAGGACCGCUUUUGUGGACUUUGUGGAGAAAGAGAAAGAGCCGAACAACGAGAAAACCAACAAUGGCAUUCACUAUAAGCUGCAGCUACUGUACAGCAAUGGCGUCAGAACAGAGCAAGAUCUCUACGUCCGCCUCAUAGAUUCAAUGACCAAGCAGGCCAUCGUUUAUGAAGGCCAGGACAAGAACCCAGAGAUGUGCCGCGUGCUGCUGACCCACGAGAUCAUGUGCAGCCGGUGCUGCGACAAGAAGAGUUGUGGCAAUCGGAACGAGACGCCCUCAGACCCCGUAAUCAUUGACAGAUUCUUUCUAAAAUUCUUCCUCAAGUGCAAUCAGAACUGCUUGAAGAAUGCAGGCAACCCCCGGGACAUGCGGAGGUUCCAGGUCGUUGUAUCGACAACAGUCAACGUGGACGGCCACGUGCUGGCCGUGUCUGACAACAUGUUUGUGCACAACAAUUCCAAACACGGGAGGCGGGCCCGCCGCCUAGACCCGUCAGAAGCCACUCCGUGCAUCAAGGCCAUCAGCCCCAGUGAAGGCUGGACCACGGGGGGCGCCACUGUGAUCAUCAUCGGGGACAACUUCUUUGACGGUCUACAAGUUGUAUUCGGAACCAUGUUGGUGUGGAGCGAGCUGAUAACUCCCCACGCCAUCCGAGUGCAGACACCUCCGCGGCACAUCCCUGGUGUUGUGGAAGUCACCCUCUCCUACAAGUCCAAGCAGUUCUGCAAAGGUGCUCCUGGGCGCUUUGUCUACACCGCUCUCAAUGAGCCAACCAUAGAUUACGGCUUCCAGAGGUUGCAGAAAGUGAUACCCAGACAUCCAGGUGAUCCCGAAAGGUUACCCAAGGAAGUGUUGCUGAAGAGGGCAGCAGACCUUGUGGAAGCCUUGUACGGGAUGCCUCACAACAACCAGGAGAUCAUCCUGAAGAGAGCGGCUGACAUCGCUGAAGCAUUGUACAGCGUUCCCCGCAAUCACAACCAGAUUCCCACAUUGGGCAACACACCGGCGCACACUGGCAUGAUGGGCGUGAACUCCUUCAGCAGCCAGCUCGCGGUUAAUGUGUCAGAGACCUCACAAGCCAAUGACCAAGUCGGCUACAGUCGCAAUACAAGCAGCGUGUCCCCGCGAGGCUACGUCCCCAGCAGUACUCCCCAGCAGUCCAAUUACAACACAGUCAGCACUAGCAUGAAUGGAUAUGGAAGUGGCGCCAUGGCCAAUCUAGGGGUCCCUGGCUCGCCUGGAUUUCUUAAUGGCUCCUCCGCUAACUCUCCCUACGGCAUAGUGCCGUCCAGCCCCACCAUGGCAGCCUCUUCGGUCACCCUCCCUUCAAACUGUAGCAGCACACACGGCAUUUUCUCAUUCUCACCUGCCAAUGUCAUCUCCGCAGUGAAACAGAAGAGCGCUUUUGCGCCUGUGGUCCGGCCCCAAGCCUCGCCUCCUCCUUCCUGCACCAGCGCCAACGGGAACGGACUGCAAGCUAUGUCUGGGCUGGUAGUCCCGCCCAUGUGAGGGACUCUGUUUACCUUCACAGCACCCAGCAUCCAAGGACGGACUUCAGGGGACACAUGUAGUGUGCUAAGACAUGCUGAUGGAAACGAUACCUUCAAAACUAAACAUCAGCAGCGGUUGAAUGCUACAAAAGACAUUUAAAGAUUUUAUUUAAACUGUUAAGAACCAACACGCGAACAAAGCCUACUUCUUCAUGAACAAUUCCAUUUUAUUGACUGAACUUUUCUCAUAUUUUCACAUUUCUCAGUCCUGAAGAUUAAGGAAAACAAAGCGACGCCUAUUUUGUAUAAAGUUUCUGAUUCCGUCUUGGCUGUCUAGUGCGUGCUAUCUGUGUGGGGAGAAGCUUCGUGAAUAUGCACCAUUUUGAUGCCCAUGCAACACUGAGGAAGAAAAGCCUCGAAACAUUUUUCUGUACUCAUAUUUAGAUUCACAAUGGUUGUGUAUCUCUAUAAUGUGAAAUAUUUUUUUGUGGUGAAAAAAAGGGGGCCAAGGAGGUAUGAGCCAUUAACUGGAACAGAGGAGGAUAUGACUAGGUGAA